GAUUUAUGCUUCCCCCGUUCCCCAACAACCAACGACUUCACUCCGCCGCUUCAGCCGUCGGUCACAUCACCGCUUCGGUACGUGAGGCUGCUCCACGACCGCCUCCGCCGCCAUGGAUCCCCGACUUCAGCCGCAGCCCGACGUCGAUCGCCUCUGGGCGGAUGAAAUCCGCUACCUCCACUCCCUUUGGCGGCGCGGCCCCCCUCCCAAUCGCAACCGAAACCCUAGAGUUAGUUCCGGCCCCGACCUCCUCCGUGCCACCCCCGUCGCAUUCAAAAGGGACUCGCAGCGGAAGGAGGGGAUACCGUCGGAGAAGGCCGCUUCCCCUCGCCGCCCCGACGAGGCCGGGACCUCCGAUCCGCCGCUCGUCGACUCCUGGGCGAAAUUGGCCUCCCUCACCGCGCCGAAUCCAAAUCCGCCCACCGCAUGGGCCGAUGUGGCGCCCCCGCCGGUCGUCGAGAGGCCUCCCGUUUCCGCCGAGGAGCAGGCCCGACUAGCCGCGGCUCAACUCCAUCACGACGGAUUGAAGGCCUCCCAGGACUUCUUCUCCAAAAUUGACGAAUCCGAUGAUGAAGAGGAAGCGCAUGAGGAGGGGGAGGAGGAGGAGGAAGACGAUAAGGAGGAGAAGGAUGAAAGACAAUUGGAAGCUUUCAAGUUCUUUAUGGAACUAUUUGAGAAGGAUGAUGAGCUUACGGAGUACUAUAAGAAGAAUCAUGACAAAGGGGAGUUCUCUUGCUUUGCCUGUGCAGCCAUUGGGACGAAGAGGGUGAGGAAGUUCGGGAACUGUUUGGGGCUCGUGCAGCACGCAAACUCAAUAUCAAAGACGAGGAGGAGGGGAGCACAUCGGGCACUGGCGAGAGCUGUGUGCCAGGUUCUUGGUUGGGACACCAUUAGGUCUGCCGGCGUUGUUCUUGAUUUGGGAGACACUGGUGGCCAGUCCUCUGCCGGGGCUGCCAAAACCCAGAACAAAGAUGUGAUCGAGAAUGAGGAACACCUUCCUGAGGACAUCACACAAAAUACAAAAGUAAAUGAUGGAAAUGUCACAGAGAAUCUACCCGAGAUGGCUUCGCCCCCAUUACAGGAAUGAAAGUGUCAUCCGAAGAAAGUUCCUGGAUCUGGGAAGAUUUAUCAAGAAGUUUUACGACUGAAAGCUACUUGGUUUUAGAGCAUUUCCGUCGACCUCAGAGAGUAAAGUCAGUGGUCUUAUAUACUGUGUAAUCUUGGCCGGAGAUUGUUGAGAUCGCUUGAGCAGAUUUCUAACUAUAUUUUUUGUCAUGUCUGUGUUACAUAUCUUAACAUGAUAUCUACUAUCUAUUAUUGUUGUUGCCGUCGUCCUAACAUCAGGUCUCAACUUUGGAACUCAAGCAGCUUUCUUCUGUUACGCCUUUAAUUUCAA